UAUUUUUUUGACCGACAGCGGUUUCCAACAGCCAGAGGUUGAGUUGUGCGCAGUAAGGGUCGCGCAGCCAGGGGAAAACAAAAAAUGAGAACCCAUUCAUGAAAAUAAGUAUUAUGGGUGGGUCAUGCCAGCUAGGGGGGGGUGUUAUCCUCUUCUCAAUUGUACAGCAAGUGUUCUGUGACAUGGUUCAGUGUGCAAGAGAGCAGAGCAGUCGGUGAAGAUGUCUGCACACUGUGUCCCAUUGCUGGACGCGUGGAGGAGAAAUAUUAGUGCUCAAAUCAAGAGGAGCCAAUCGCUGAAGCUAUGUCCUCAACAGGUGGCGCUGCUGAGGGAGCCUGGCGUGGUGGCAUCUCUCGCCGAGCAGAAUGCCAAGAUGGCAGGCACGCUCCUCCGCACCGAUGGCACCGCUGCGUUCCGCCGCUUCACGCCGGACUCGCUGGCAGCGAUUGAGGCGGCCAAGGCUUUGGAGUGUGUGGAUUGUGAGGAGGAGAUGUGUCAAGACCAAAGCCAGAAGAAGAAGAAGAAGAAGAAAAGGAAGAAUAAGAAGGAGCAGAAGGAUCGACCCAAACCCUCCAGCGACCUUGAGGCCGGCAAGGUCGUGCCCUUCAUCUUCGGCGACCCUCCACCGGAGCUGCUCAACGUGCCCCUGGAGGACCUGGACCCCUUCUACAGGGCAAAGAAGACCUUCGUUGUCAUCAGCAAAGGGAACGUGAUCCACAGGUUCAACGCUGAGCCAGCUCUGGAUUGGCUGUGGCUACGGCCCUUCAGCCCUGUCAGACAGGCAGCCAUUCAAGUGCUUUUGCAUUCAUUGUUCAGAUUGUUCAUCGUCCUCACCAUUCUAGCCAACUGUGUGUUUCUGGCAAUGCCCUACUCAGCAGACGCAUUGGGGUUUACCUGUAUUGCCGUGUACACUUUAGAGGCCUUGAUCAAGGUGCUAUCCAGAGGACUGUGUUUGGGGCGCUUCACCUUCCUCCGCGACCGGUGGAACUGGCUCGACGUGUUUGUCAUCCUCAUGGGGUACCUUGGGAUGUUCAUACACCUGACAGGAUUUACUAUGUUUGCUGUGCUGAAGGUUAUCCCCCUGUUGCCUGGCCAGAAGCGGGUUGUCGGCGCGAUGGCCCAUUCCCUGCGGAGGCUUCGUGACGCGGCUGUCAUCACCCUCUUCAGUCUGGUCAUCUUUGCCUCAGUGCUGCUGCAGGUCUUCAUGGGCGGCCUCCGGACAAAGUGCAUUCUUAUUGAGGGUACAAACGGGACGUAUGAUGAUCUUGGCUUCUGGCAUGAUGAGGAUCCCUAUGGUCCUAGACACAUCAACAACCAUUCUAACCAAUAUUUUCUGCCGGGCCGCUUGGAUCCUUUGGUGUGUGGAACACGGUCGGACGCUGGUGGCUGCCCUGCCGGUUUUAUAUGCCUGUGGACAGAAGGAAAUCCCAACUAUGGCUACACAAGCUAUGACAAUUUCUUAGGGGCCUUCCUCUCUGUUGUCCGUCUAAUGGCGCAGGACUACGCAAGUGACCUCAUUGCCCUGAGCCUGCGUGCGGGUGGGACUUACAACAUAUACUUCUUUGUCCUGAUGUCGCUGGGAUGCUUCUGUCUGCUGAGUCUGCUCCUGGCAGCCGUCUCCAUGGCGUACGCUGAGAUGAACAACGCCGCCAUCCAGGACGCCAAGGAGAAGGAGGAGGAGUACACCCUCAUCCUGGAGGAGAUGAAGAGACAGCAGGAGCAGCAGAAUGAAACCAGCGCCGUAGCCACCUCCGACGAUCAAGAUAUGAGCACUGUAAAUGUCUUAGCAGACACAGAAAUCACUGUGGAAGAUGUCCAGCAUCCUUUGGAUCGUUGUACGUCUCUCUGGCGUAAGUGUGCGGGAACAGUCCUGGUGUGGAACUGCUGUUCUUCAUGGGUAAUCCUAAAGAAGAUUUUGCAUACGGUGAUGACGAACCCCAUCACAGACCUGCUCAUGGUCAUCGUUGUCAUCACCAACAUUGUCUUCAUGAGCAUGGAGCACUAUGAACUGACUUACGAGAUGGAGUACACACUGCAAUUAGCCGAUAAGGUAUUCGUUGCAGUAUACACAAUGGAGAUGGCUCUCAAAAUCACUGCAGUGGACCCUUACCAUUACUUCCAAGUGAGCUGGAAUAUUCUAGAUGCUGCGGUUGUGUUCCUGGCUAUACUGGAGUCGAGUCUGGCUGAUGUCCAAGGUCUUUCGUUUCUCCGUCUGUUCCGUACGAUUCGUAUCUUCAAGCUGGCCAAGUUCUGGCCCAGCUUCCACAGCCUCCUGAGCGUCAUGCACCCGGCUAACGUGCUGCGCUGCGGAUCGUCUGUCCUGCUGGUCAUCUUCUUCUUCUUCUUCACGGUGAUGGGAACACGCCUCUUCGGCCAGAGCUACGAGUUCUGCGUCUGCAAGAUCACAAAGGACUGCGAGCUGCCACGCUGGCACAUGGCCGACCUCUACCACUCGUUCCUCACUGUCUUCUACAUAGUCGGCGGCCGCUGGGUGGAGGUCCUGUGGGACUGCAUGGAGGUGUCGUCUCCGGCUUUGUGCGUGCCCUUCUAUAUGGCUGUCACGUUCCUCGGCACCUUGCUGAUGUUGCACCUCUUCCUGACCUUGCUGUUGAGGUCCUUCAGUGGGGACCACUUGGCCUCAAUGGCCAAGGGCAACGGCAGCAGGAGAAACCUCCGUGUCGCCAUCGGGAGAAUCACACACGGCAUCAGCUGGGCGGCCAGGCAUGUCCAGCAACUGCUGGGUCAGGGUCAGCAGCCCGGACCGGCAGAGGGGAAGGACGUAGCCCUCGACCAGCUGGACACAGCAGAGUCUGGGCCGGAGCCGGCGGAUGGUCAGCCGGACGAGCUGAAGGACAAAUCUCUGACGGAGGAUACGGCCGCCACGGUCCAUGUUGCAACGGAUGAGGCGAGCGCUGAGGCUGAUGGUGGCGAGAGCAUUAUCAUACAGGAGCUCAAGCCAGAGAAUGGCCACAGCGAUAAGAAGAAUGGUGUGGAGAGCUCUCCACAGCACACGGCGAUGGACGAGGAGGUCCCCAUGCCCCCUGAAUGCUGCACGGAGAACUGCAUCCGCCACUGCCCCUGCCUGGCCCUGGAUAUUACCCAGGGUAGGGGGAAGACAUGGUGGACGCUCCGGAGAGCCUGCCACGCCAUAGUGGAGCACCGAUACUUUAACAUCUUCAUGAUCAUCGUCAUCGUCCUCAGCAGCAUUGCUCUGACCUUUGAAGACAUCUUCCUUGAACAUAGACCAGUCCUGAAAAUGGUAGUGGAGCAUGGUGAUCAGGUGUUCACAGCGGUCUUCCUUACGGAGAUGGUCCUUAAAUGGAUGGCCUAUGGCUUCAACGUUUACUUCAAUGAUAUCUGGUGUUGCCUCGACUUUUUCAUCCUAAAUGUGUCCGUCUUGAGCUUUGUGGCCAAUGGGCUGGGGAGCCCCAGGCGCUCCUCCCUCCCCUUCAGAGCCGUCAUCCCCCUCAGGCUGCUCUCCAGGAGCCAGAGGAUGCAGGUGGUGCUACGUGUCCUAAAAGGGGCCAUCCCGUCCCUCAUCAACGCACUGCUGGCGUGCCUGACCUUAUGGCUUGUCUUCAGCAUCGUUGGCGUCAAUCUCUUUGCCGGAAAGUUCUACCACUGCUUCAACAAAACCUCAGACGAAUAUUUUACAGAGGAAGACGUGCACAAUAAAACAGAAUGUUUUUUGCUCAUGGAGGGGUUGAAUGAAAGGCCUACAGAAGUUGUAUGGAAGACCACACAUUUCAACUUCGACAAUGUUAUGAAUGGCUAUGUGAGCCUGUUUCAUGUGUCAAGCCAGAAAUCAGGAAUGGACGUCAUCUACAGUGCUGUUGAUUCACGUUUGAUUGAAGAACAACCAAUUUACGAAGACAACCUCUAUGCGUCCCUGUACUUUGUCUUCUUCUCCAUCUUCGGGGUCUUCUUUACGCUUAUCUUCUUCAUUGGGGCAAUCAUAGAGAACUUCAAUCAACAAAAAUCCAGGAGCGGAGAGCAGAACAUCUUCCUCACAGACAGCCAGCGGGGAGUCUACAGCGCUAUGAAGAAACUCGGUCUUCAGAGCUCCCAGAAAGCAGUGUCACGGCCACAGGGCCUAUGUUGUCACUACAUGUAUGACUUGGUGACCAGUCGGUGGUUCGACAUAGGCAUGAUGGUGGUGGUGCUGCUAAGUAUCCUGACAACGAUGCUGGAAACAGCCGAUACCCCUGGCUUCUUCUUAGGGGUGCUCUAUUUUGGACAAUUGGUCCUAAUAUUUGUCUUCCUCAUUGAAUUCAUUCUGAAAAUAUUGGGCCUGGGAAAGAGCUACUUCAGUACCGGCUCGAAUAUCCUGGACUUCAUUGCACUCAUUGUGAAUAUAAUCAGUUUAUUUCUGGCAGACCUUAUCCAUUUCUACCUUUUCCCCAUUGCACCCGUAUACCUUUUACGACUAGCAAGGACCGGUCGGGUUCUACCUCUAAUUCCUGGUACCGAGGGGAUCAGGACGCUUUUCUUCGCCCUGAAGAUGGCCCGUCCUGCUCUGUCUAACAUCGCUCUGCUCUUUGGCCUCACCAUGUUUGUCUUCUCCAUCUUUGGCAUGUCAGAGUUCCCCUUCUUCCUGUCAGAGGAAGGCGAUACAGGUAUAGACGAGUUAUUUAACUUCCAGACAUUCUUCAGCAGUUUCAAGUGCCUCUUCAUCUGCACGCUUUCGGGCGGCUGGGAAUCUUUCGUCUACAACCUGGUAAGAAGUCCGUUAUACCUCGACAAGAAGCACCCAGGAUUUGACGUGUGGGGUAGUUGGGUUAACCCCUUGGAGGGAGCCGCUUUCAUUUACUGUUAUGUGCUCGUAGUCUCCCUGUUAGUGAUCUAUAUGUUCAUCGCCUUCAUACUGGAAACGUUUGACUUUGAUGAAGUCUCAAGCGCAGAUGCAGCGAGGGAGGAUGACGAGCAUGAUCAUCAUGAUUAAAUGGAGGUGGUUGCUACAUUACCGUAGGUCGGUAACACUUCACAAUAACCUUCCGCUAAUUAUUUAACUAAUGUUAUUAUAUGGUUGUGACGUCAUCUGUCGAAUGCUCCAUUCAUUUCAACGGGGCUCCCCAACGUUCGGACGUCUGUUAUUUUUCGAUAACUGACGGGUUGGUCUAUAACAGACCGCUGUCAAUGGCAACAAGACUUUUUUCACUGCUAAAGCGACUUUUCAACAAGACUUAAUCAGCUGCUGUGAUAGACAGCGUUGUCCUGGCUACCGCUGUCAAUGGCAACAAGACGUUCACUGCUAAAGCCACUGGCUUUACAAGUCAGUGGCUAAAGCGAAUGUUUCAUAUCACUCCGCAGGGGGUCCGGUCUUUUGUCACUCUAAUCAGCUGCUGUGAUAGACAACACCUGUUGUCCUGGCUACUAGAGGUGCUUAGGCCCUAACUCGAAUCUUUGAGGCAUCCGGAUUGAUUGGAUCAUUCCAAGGAGGGUAUCCCGAUUAGACGGAUCAUUCGGAUCACUCGGAUCACUUAUUUAAAAUAAAUAAAAAUAAAUAAUAAUAAUGUAUUUUUUAAAACGUUUCUGCCGUUAAGUAGCUAUGCGCCUCGCCUUUGUUGUCCCAUUUAUCAAUUCAUGUUGAUAAAUCAAAGAGUAAGACAGUUUGAUCAACAAAACUCACUUGAUGAAUCGUCACAGUUCCUAAACUCAUGCUGCGAUCCGACCCACCUGGGUCUCCUCAUUAAACAUGCAACCACGACUCGAAGAGCCUUUGGCAGCAGUGAAACGGCAUGUUCCUGAUUUUGCAAUAAAUAAUGUGUGUGUUUGUAUUUAAGAAGACUAAAAGUCAAAUAUUUGGGAGCAGAAGUCUAGCUGAGCAGGGACAGUCAGGAGUCUUUACGCUGUAACGCAGUGAGUGAUAGUAGAGUCACGUCUGUAGACUAUAGGAGUAGCCUGAGAUGUAAAAGUGUUGGCAGAGCACUGUUAACAUUUAGAAAUGUAGACCUCAACAAAGUCAGAAGCACACACAUAGGGAGUGGGGAUCCGCGACUCAAUUGGCCACAACAGGCAGGACGGUUCAAAUAGGCUCGAUGAAUGACGAGGCGGGAGUUGGUUUAGUUUUACUCAGUGAGUGUUCGUGACUGAACAGCAUACUAGACAGCAGGCGCGGAGUGGCCAUCGGGAAAUCGGGGACUUGUCCCGGUGGGCCGCGGCCGCGAAAUAUAUUGCAACGGCCGUAUUACGUUCUCAGACGGCCCUAAAACCUUUGAGCGAAUCAAAUUCUCUGCUGGCCUCAAAGUAUUCUAUCGUCAAAGCUAAUGUAAAUUAGCUACCAUUCAAUUCUUAAUGAGGUAGGGGAUGACUCAAGAGUAUAUAUACCGUUUACCCGACCGCAAUACCUCAGUGACGGUGUCAAACACUAAAUUGGCCACACCCCUUCUCUACUGAUAAUGUUCAUACACCGUAGAUCGCGGAAGUUUACUAGAUCUUAGUAACAUAGUUUCGUUUUCAGUAUUUCAAGAACCUGUGAUAUUUAGAUUGGUUACCAAGGAACGGAAAUAUUAGUCAGUUGUGAUUUAUUUUCCGAUUUCCACAUGACUGUUACAGUUUACAGUCUGCCACUGCAGAUUCACUUCUUCUGUGGUUAUUGACUUGGGUUACGAACAUACUCCACCAAGUGAUAAGGAAGUGAACUGCAGCUAAGCAGGAAAACACGCUGUCACGCUGUACAUGUUUUGAUGGCAUUGGUUUGGAACUAGAGGUAUAUCUCCUUACAGUCGAAAUAAUGUUAUAUCAUACAUAUAUUUAUAUAUGG